UUUGUCAUAUAUAUAUAUAUUUGCAUUUAAUUAUUUCAUUAAUUAACUUGUAUUAUUUAUCACAGUUAUGACUUUGAAAUUCUAACCAAAUAUUAGUGAACUUAUGAAUGUGAACUGUCCGGGGAGGGAAAGGUUGGAAUUGGAGAGAAAAUAAAAAAAUACAAAUACAAACAAGAAUAUCAACUUAUCUAACCGUUCUUCGAAACUGGACGUGUCUAUUACAAUUUACAAUAUUGAGUUAUCGGUUUGUCAGCUCCAACCCAUCCGUUGAAAAUAUGAUUUAUUCAUAAAAUACUGUUAUUUGCCAUCGAUCAGUGAUUCAUAAAUAAAUAAUUAAUGGAUCUUGAAACUUUCACCUACCUAUAAUAGCACAAAGGCUGGUAUGACGGACAUUCAAGCAGAAAUCAACACUCAGCGGUCAGUGUACCAAAUGGACAGGCUGCCCAUAAAUGGCACGAAUAACACGAGCGUUGCUGUACGAAUGUCGGGCUCAAAAAAACUGCACAAGAAAAAACUGAAGUGCUCCGACUACGUGCGGAAGACCAUACCGUCCAUCGACUGGCUGUUCCUCAACUACCGGUGGUCCGAGGACUUGAUGGAAGACACGAUGGCCGGUGUGGCAGUGGCCGUUUUGAACAUACCACAGGGAUUGGGCUAUUCGAUCCUCGGCAACGUCGAACCCACCGUCGGGCUGUACAUGGCCGUGUUCCCCGUGCUGGUGUACGCUCUGUUUGGCACGUCCCGUCACAUGACGAUGGGAGUGCUGUCCGUUGUAUGCCUGAUGACCGGUAAAGUGGUGACUACGUACACGACCGAAGGCGCCAAGAACGACCCCACACUCGGUGGUUACACGGCCAUCCAAGUGGCGACCGCCGUCACUUUGGUGGCUGGGCUCGUUCAGCUGCUCAUGUACGUCUUCCGACUCGGGUUGUUGAGCACCGUGCUGUCGGGGACACUAAUCAGUGGCUUCUCCGCGUCCGUAGCCGUCGUAAUUCUCACUUCUCAGCUGAAGGAGUUGCUGGGCGUGAACGUGGCUCGACGGUACGGCAUGAUGCAGGUGCCGUACACGUUCUACGACUUCUUCGACCGUUUCCACACCAUUAACUGGGCGACCACCACGGUGUCCGUAAUCACUGUCACUAUCCUGUUGGUGUACGGCAAGUACCUGAAGGAGAGGAUCAACAGCAGGUUGUGCAUGCCACUGCCGAUCGAACUGAUCGUCACGGUCUUCGCUACCGUUCUGUUCCAAGUGACCACGAUCGCUCAGGACUAUAACAUGGAUCAGAUGGGCGAAAUCAAACCAGGCCUGCCGCCGUUCGAAGUGCCACCCGUCCAACUGUUCUCGGCCGUGUUCGUGGACGCUUGUGUCAUCGCGGUGGUCUCGUACUCGCUCACCAUGUCGCUGGCAUUGCUCGUUUCGGAGAAACUCAAGUACCCGUUGGACGCCAACCAAGAGAUGCUGGCCCAGGGCCUGUGCAACGUGGUCAGUUCGUUCUUCUCGUGCCUGCCCUGCGGAGCGUCACCGUCGCGCAGCGCCGCACAAAAGACGAUCGGCGGCAAGACCCAGAUGUCCAGCAUCGUGUCCGCGGCCAUCAUAGUGGUCGUACUGCUUUGGAUCGGCGUCGUUUUCGAACCGCUUCCUAGGUGCGUGCUGUCCAGCAUCAUAGCGGUGACACUCGAAAGUAUCCUACUCAAGGCGUUGGACUUUCCGGAAAUAUGGCGCAAGUCCAAGACUGACGGAAUCGUGUGGAUGGUCACGUACAUGACUGUCGUACUGUUGGACGCCGUUUUCGGGAUGGUGGUCGGCGUGGCCAUGUCACUGUUGUUCGUGUUCGUCAAAGGCGUGCUGACCGACGUGUACGUGCUCGGUCGGUUGCCGAACACCGACCUAUACGUGCGGCUAGACCUGUACACCGUCGCCGUCGAAAUACCCUACGUCAAGAUCGUCCGGUACGCCGGAAGUGUGAACGUGAUAAACAGGUAUACGUUCAAGAGGAAACUGAUUGAGGCGACAAGGGACGAAGACGGAUCCAUGACCGACAGACCUCGGAGCGUAGUCCUCGACAUGGCAGCCCUCCAGUACGUCGACGAGGCCGGCGUGAAAGUUCUAUCCGAAUCGAUCGAAUCGCUCAUGUCCGACGGGUAUGACGUGUAUCUGGCCGCCGUGCCGGACAGCUCGUUGGAGUACAUCCGUUGUAAUAACGACGUGAAAUCGGUGCGAUUCUUCCCGACCGUGCACGACGCAGUCGUCUAUCACCAGUGCAGAAUCGAAAACAUCCAAAAUUCGAUACAUAUAUGACCUCCACACUGUUAUAGUAACCCUAAAUCAAUUAUAAAUUUGAUGUAAAUAUUGUUAUUUUUAAUAAAAAAUCUUCGUUUGAUUUCUGUACGUAAAGAACGGCGUCCUACUGAAGGAUACAAUCGCCGUCAACUUAACUUAACUUAACUCAACUUAACAUCGAUAAAAACUCGAAUAUUUUUGUUAAAUUUAUACUGAAAUAACUAAUCGUGCUAGCUAUUCGGUUUCUUUAUAAUUAUCUUGUAUUUAUAAUAAGUAAUUACGUAAAUAUGGAUGCGUAACUUUUAAUUUUAUCCAUCUCUUUCUUGUAUUUACUUGUCGUAGACCGUAUAAUACUGUAGUAAGUACUAUCUUCGUUCCGCGUGUGUGGUGUAUUGUUAUGUCAAAACAUUUUUUUCGUAAAUAAUAUAAGUAAAUUGUGUAAAAUUUUUUCAAAGUCUAAAUGCAUUACUUACGCCUACCGA